UUGACUCAUAGCAGGUUUCAGUUUAAGUGUGGGAAACACCCCAUUAUUAAAUAUCCUAUUGAGAAGCCUUGCUUGCUCACACUUCCCCAAACAGCCCACAGGUUAUAGUUUAAACACAGCCGUCCCCAUGCUGGAGGGGCGGUAAUCUGGAGCUCUUCUACCCUCUCGUCGUCACGACAGGCUCUUGUAUAUAGUCUGUGCCUCUGCCCUCCGGCUGGACCACCGACUUUUGUGAAGACCACGCCAUACAAGAUCAACCGGUCCGGGAUUGUCCUCGGUUUUUUUUUUAACAAGAUGCCUACGGAAAGCCUGGAAAUGAACGGUGAUGCUGACCGAAACGGCGAGGCGGAGGUUCCGUUGCGACGUCGCUUCAGGAGGCUGCAGGGCCCUGAGGGUCCUCAGGGCCCUCUGAACAUGAACCACUAUGCUAACAAGAAGAGCGCAGCAGAGAGCAUGCUGGAUGUGGCGCUGCUGAUGGCAAACGCCUCACAGCUUAAGGCCGUACUGGAGCAGGGACCAGACUUCACCUUCUACGUGGUCCUCAUCACACUCAUAAGCAUCUCUCUUGUCCUGCAAAUCCUGGUGGGAGUACUACUCAUCUUCAUAGUGAAGUGGAACCUGAACGAUGAAAGCAUGCACUACAGGCUGAACUUCCUGGAGAAUGUGGUUACAUCCUUCGUCUUUAUCAUUGUCGUGGUCAAUGUCUUCGUCACAGCCUUUGGUGUCCAGCAGCCCAAAACAUACGGCUGAUCUACCAAAUGGGGGGACUCUUCAUGCUGAUCAACUCAGUAAAAAUUGGCCUCUGCGUUAUUUUACAAACUGGACAGGAUGUUUAAUUUAUUCACCAAACCGAAUGCCAUGCAUGUGCAUUUGUUUUAGUGUAAUACAAGGACUGAGGAGAUCAACAACAGCGCUGAGGAUCAGGUGACAUUAUGUGUGUGUGUGUGUGUGUGUGUGUGUGUGUGUGUGUGUUAGAGGGGUUUACGUCUUCUCUAACCAUGCAGUUAUCUCUUAUGAUGCUCAGGCCACAUGCCUUUAAUCAGAAAACAAACAUAUCUGGAGCAAUACACUGUGUGACAGUCACAUACACGUGAAUGUUUCCUGAGAAAUAAAUUACAUUUUGUUGUUUUGUUUUGAUAGUACCUAUGUCAGUUUUAGCCUAAUGUUUGCCUUUAUCUUCAGAAGAAAAACCCAUCACCUCAGCAUAAUCCAAAUGAAAUACUUAGUAUGUGCGUCAAUCAGGAGCCAUCUUGGCCUUCGCUGCUCGAGGCAUUACCGGACAUAACAGCUUUAUUAUGGGGGAAAUUGACUGUUAACAGUGUUACAAAGCUCAUCCUUUUAAUGAAGUGGACCUUACGUAGUGAUUUUAGUGCUAUGCAAAAUCUUGUGUGUACUAUUUGUAAUGAUUUACCUGUAUGUUUUAGUUAAAGUGUUAUUGAUUUAUAUAGUUUAUGUGUACUUUGAGUAUUUUUUAAUCGCUUUUUUAAAAUACCGAAACGUUCAUGCCUUUUAACAUAUGAUCUUGUACGACACACUGUGAUGUAUAUUUUAAAUUAAUUUUAUAAAUAAAACAAACAUUGCAAUAUU